CACAAUAUGUCGAAGGCGUAUUCCUAGUUCACAGCAGUCGGGAAUUUUCUGAAACAUACCGCCUAUCUGCUCUUCACUGCUAUAUCUACUUGUAACAAAGCACUGCAGUAAGUACACACCAUGGGGUCUACAGAACCUGAACGUUCCCUCAACUCUGGCAUAUCUCUGCCACAGUGGAUGAAAACCAAGAUUGGAGAUAGGUACGACCUUGAUGGAACCUUUUCACCACCAUCACAUGAUGACAGUUUCUUCUACAUACGGUACCCAAAGACUGACACCUCUUCGCAGCGACUCCGAGAAGCAAACUUUCGCCAAGCCAGCGAACUGCUAGAAACAUCAGAACAAAUAUCAAAACAGGAUUUCUCACAGCAUACUGUACAGUGUCGUCAAUUCAUCCCGAUGGAUUCCUCCACUCCAGGGACAACAGAGCCUGUUAUGAGCGCCUCCAGGAAAACAACCCACAUACUGAAACCUGCAGGAACGGGCGAUAACUUCACUGGUGACACUGCAGCUUGUGGAAAGUCUGUUGUGCAGGUUGCACAUGAGAUGAUUGCAGGAUCCAAGUUGGUCCGUGGCUUUAGCACAAAUGGUAAUGAGAAGGCAGCCACAGGAGAAGGCUUCAACAGAGGCAUGCGCCGUGGAAGUAAGUCUCUACCGGCUAGUCCCCUCGGAUCGCCAUCACAUAGUCCUGAAUCAUCCCCACAGACACGCAGGAAGGUACACAACAGGUAUUUCACAGGUGCUUUUGCCCUAGAAAGAGCUAAUAUUCAUGCAACUGAUGUACAAGAAUCUGCAAAUAAAUAUCCUGGUAGCUGGAUUUUGUCUGGGCUGCUAGGGCAGCAGCAGCGUGAUAAUUUGUCGGAUUCAGCGGAUUCUUUGACUAUACCAGAGGGUGAGCAGGAGAAAGAAGUUCAGAAACCAAAGUCACAUGGUGAUGUUGACCCGUUGUCAACGGAGAUACGCCGCAAUAAGUCCAUGACUACUCUCGUGUCAAAGAUAUUCAGCGAAGUUCCCAAAGAUGAUCAACACGUUGAAGUUGGGGUGGAUGUUACUGCUGUCAGCGGUGGAUGUGACUCACCUACGCAAAAGAAUAAAACAUUCCGUGCGAAACCAUCAGAACUGCGGGAGAUGAAUUUUUGGUCACCUACUUCAAUGUAGAUGCUUAAUGAAUACAGUAUUCCAUGUUGUACCUUACGAUAUUUCUGAAUUUUUGGUCUUCUUUGUUAGUGGUACGCUAUAAUUCAUUAUGCUGUCAUUUGCUUGGUGCAUUGAUAUUUCUUUUGCGUGUCUUAUAUGUGAAUCUGUUGUACAUGAUUAUUUGAGGUGCCUGUUGUCCAUAUGGUGUGUAAUUAUUGCUGUGUUAUUAUGUUUAUUCCUCCUCCUCGUUUACUCUUGUCUUCAGAUGUGUGUUCUUGUCAACAUAGUGCCCUGUUUAUUUUGCCACAAGGAAUUUGCUACUAACUUCAAUCUCAGUCUGACUUUCUAUCCACAGUACUUGCUACAUAGCCUCAUGUCUGUGCUUUUAAUACAAUUAUAAUAUUACCUUUAAGAACUGAUUAUUUUAUCCUGAAUAAACCUUAUUUUUAUCCAGUAUGAUUACUUUCCUAGGUUUGGGUUUUAUGAGGGUUUACUUGUAGAGAGAUGUACUUGUAGGACUUCACAUAUUCUGUAACUGCCUUGUUUCAGUUUGUAUAGACGUGGCAGUAUUUUUAACUUGUUAUGCUCAUGUCAUGAAUGCCCUUACGGUUUGUUUCAGUAGAUGACUAGCAGGAACUGGUGGCUGUGGUCACUACAUUUCUAUCUGCCUCAAUAAGUAGUUUCAUUCGCCUUCUUAUUACAGAAACAGUUUUAUUGGCCUGUAAUUAUGAACAUGUCCAUAUUUUAAUGCCUUACAACCCACUUGAGUUUGACAGUGGUGAAAAUAAUGCAAUGUAGAAGUAAUAACUAAUAAAUAAUAAUAGUAGUAGUAAUAAUAUUUGUUAUUUUGUUUUUCAAUGCUCCUUUAAUCUGUCUCCUUGUAGUCUCUUUAUACAUGUUUGUGUGUAUGUAGAUAGGUAAGUACUUUGUAACUAGUGAAAUCUACAUUAAUUUGUGGUAAAGGUAAAAGAUGUAAAGUUGUUGCUAUGCUUGAAUAAUUGAGCACUUUGCCAUGAAAGUGUAUGAAGAAGUGGAUGUGUAGAUCGACAUUUUCUUAACCUCACCACUAGUUACAGGUUGGUACAAGAUGUAUUCAUUACGUUGUCUGUAAUAUGGUGCAAAUUGAUCACAUGUUGGUCCAGGGUCGAGGGUAUGUAAAUAUUUUACUGCAGACUUUUAUGAGAUAAACAUAUGCCAGUUUGCUCUCUUAGUCUUCUAGUAUAGUUUUAUAAUUUUAAGUUAACAGUUACAGAUGCUGUAUUUGUAUGAUAUUUUAUUACAUUGACUUAAUGUGAUUUCACAUUGUUCUAAAUAUUUAUGUUAUGCCUAUGCCUGUUGCAGUAAUUUUAAAGUAAGAUUUGUAUUAGCAGUUGACACUGAAAAUGAAAUUGAAUUUAAAAUAUCCUAGGUUUUUUGUAUUACAUAUAACUUACGUUUGUGCGUGUGAUUACACAUGUAAGGUACAAAUGUCAUGAUAGCUGAAGAUUUGUUAAUUCCUACUUAGAUUUGAGAAACAGCCAUUUCAGAAGAAUAUUAUUUAGGAAUUUAACUGGACCCACAGUUGAUAACAGAAGGACUGAUAGACAGUAUUUAAGUAACUGAAAUUAUGACAAUUUUCAUUUAGAGGUGCCCAGCUGGUAACCAUUUAACUGCAGGUGAUGUAAAUGCCUGAAGUAUUGUUAAUAAAUGUUAAGAUAAAUUCAGUCAUGUUUACAGUGUUGCUUUGGUAGUUUUACUUGUUUUCUUAUUGAGCUGUUAAUUAAAUAUGACGUGGAUAUUAUGGGUGUAACACUAUUUAGUGUGUAUAGAAUAAGAACCAAAUUUUGACUUAUUUAA